AUGGCCAAGACCAAAGAGCUCUCAAAGGACACCACAAACAAAAAUUGUAGACCUGCCACCAGCGCUGGAAGACUGCAAUCUGCAAUAGCCUCUCCUAUGGAUGUAGAUAAGAACAUUAAAUAUGCUGUCCGUGUUCAUCCAAUACCAAGACCCAGUACUACUCCUACUCCAUCACCUGAAAGGGAGUACAUGAGACAGAGGCCACAUGGCAGAAUUAGACGGGAUAGUAUUCAGAGCUAUAAAAUGGAUGCCAGCCCAUGUGGACAUUGCCUCAUCAUAAACAACGUAGAGUUUGAACCCGAGAGCGAGCUGAGCAAUCGUAAAGGCUCCAACAUAGACUGUGACAAACUGGAGAGUAGAUUCAAGGCACUCAACUUUAUUGUGGAAGUUAGGACGAACCUGAAACAAAGACAAAUCAAACAUGAACUUUCAUCUUUAUGUAAGAAGGACCACUCACAAUAUGACUGCUGUGUGGUUAUCAUGCUGUCCCAUGGGACUGAGGUGAGUCACAACCGAUUCCCUGGUGCUGUGUAUGGUGUGGACGGACAGCAUGUUCCAGUUCAGCACAUCACAAACUACCUCAAUGGCAAGCAUUGCCCGUCUUUACAGGGCAAACCCAAACUGUUCUUCAUCCAGGCCUGCGGAGGAGGUGAAAGAGACACAGGCUUUGAGGUGUCCCCUGACGAGGUUGAACCCUCCCACGGUGGAGCGGAUGAUCAGACGGACGCCAUCCCAAUGUCAUCCAGCAGCGACUCCCUGAGCAUGUCUGAUGAACCAGAUGCCAGAGUAACGUUGCCCACCCCCAGUGACAUCCUGGUGUCCUACUCUACCUUUCCAGGUUAUGUUUCCUGGAGAGACACCCAGUCAGGCUCCUGGUACGUGGAGACACUCGAUGGUAUUCUUGAGGAAAAUGCUGCUUCCGAUGACUUGGUCACAAUGUUGAUGAUGGUCAACCAUGAAGUCUCUCAAAACUCAGCAAAAGGGCUCUACAAACAAAUGCCUGGUUCCUUUAACUUCCUCCGCAAGCUUCUCUACUUUCAAACCCAAGCAUAGCGGUAGAGUUCCGUUCAGGAAAGGAAAGUUUACUUCAUGGAUGUAAUUUCAAAGAUUCAAAGGGUUUAUUGUCAUAUGCACAAUAGCUAGAGUGUAGUUGUUGGUAAUGGAAAUCUAAGCCUCAGGCUCCUCAAACAAUGCAACAUACAAUACACUUGAAACAUGAGAAAGAAAAUAGUGCAAAUAACAUCAUUGUGCAAUUGGGAUUUCUGAAGUGUAUGAACUUGUUCAAUUGUUUUUACAGACACAAUCAUGUCUUAGUGUACAUUUCUAUUGUUUGUCACAUCUUGUAAUGUUUUUAAUUCUUUUAACUUUUUGGGUAAUGGUGUAGAAAAUAUUUAUGUACUGUGAAAAUGUUCUCCAGUUUAUAGGCUUGAUGUCUCAUUGACACAAGCAGCUGUCGAAUUUCAAGAGUAGACAAUCAACGUGAUGUUUCAUUUGUACUCUGAAAAUUGAUAUUAAAGACGUUGCUUUCUUAUAAAUGUUCAUAAACAAAUGUGAAGUUAUGUCUCUUCUAAAAUACAACGCACAAAUGAA